CUUACUCUCACUCAUUCAAGAGGACCAUUUAUAAAUAAAUAAGCCAAAGCUUGUGUGAAUCUGAAAGCGCUCAAUCUUUUCAUAUAAACUAUUUACUAUCCUUAAAAAAUUUCCCAUCUCGUCUCCUAUCUUAAGGCUAACACGUGUGGUGAGAGAUUUUAUGGGGAGACCGACGUGGUUCGACGCCGACGGGACGAAGAGAGGAGAAUGGACGGAGGAGGAAGACCAGAAACUCGUCGCUUAUAUCGACGAAUACGGCAUCGGUGACUGGCGUUUCCUCCCUGGCAGAGCUGGUUUGCGGAGAUGUGGAAAGAGCUGCAUAUUAAGGUGGUUUAAUUAUCUAAGGCCUGGGAUUAAGAAAGGCAAAUUCACUCCUCAAGAAGAACAAGCUAUCAUCAAUUUACAUUCUGUUCUCGGGAACAGGUGGGCAGCCAUAGCGCAGCAGAUGCCCAAUCGAUCAGACAAUGACAUCAAGAACCAUUGGAACUCUUGUCUCAAGAAAAGACUCGAGAGAAACGGAGUUGACCCAAUGACCCACCAGCCUAUCAUCAAUAACCUCGCCGUCAAAACUCCGUCGUUUAACACAGAAUGCAGCAGCUCUUCUUCCGCGACGGCGAGUCCAUAUUCUUCCUCCUUCUCCUCGCCCUCCGGCUCAGCCCAUCUCCUUAACAAGAUCGCCACUGGUAUCUCAUCUAGACAACACUGUGUGGACAACGUGAUCAAGAACAUCUUCUCGGAUCCGAGAAUCACAAGCAUCCAUGGUCAAGACGACCUGGAAGUAGAAGAGUUGAAGAAGGAUGAUGAGAAGAUUCUAGCUAAUGAUUAUCAAGAAGAUGAUUUUCUGAUGUGGGACGACGAGAAAAUUAGGCGUUUCAUGGAGGAGAUUGGUGUUAUGGACUUGGAAACGAUGUCGUACGAUGGAGUCUAUAGACUAUAAAUACUAUCAUUUGGAGUUUUAAUGAACAUAUUUCCUUUGAUUAAUCAAUAUAGUGUACUGUGUUAGAUCGUCGAGCAUUCACAUGUACCACUAGGACCUAGAGAAUGAUUUCUUUAUAGCCAAGUGGCCCAAGUCUUAUACUAACAUAUAAAUGGUUGCAGAGGAUCGGAAUAUGAUAGGAAAGUUCAUAAAUUAAAUUUGGUGAUCGUGAAGAAAAUCAUCUGUUGUCUGUUGACAAUAAAA